AUGGCAAGACCCGAUUCUCGGCCAUCCGUCACAGCAUCUCCACAGCUACACUUCAUCACCCUUGAACCGGGCUCCUCGCACAAUCUCCGCAGUCGAGAAGUCGAGAGGGUGCUCCUAGGGAUUCUCUCAACCAAAUCUGGGAUGAUCACGUCUUCGUUGCGCAGAGCUGUGCGCUCUUCUAACUCGCCACAAUCCAUAUCUCGACCUACACCCUCCAUAGCCGCCUCCUUCUCUUCGCGAUCACAUCAGCGGCGGCAGUCGUCUUCCAAGCCACCAAUCCCACCAAAUGAUGGCCCAGCGAAUGUUGCAAACCCAUCUGUGAAGACAGUGGGAACACCAAGAGCCAAAGAUGCUUCUGGGCACAAGCGGUCCGGAGCCGAGUCACGAUUAUCGAGACGCAAGGUACCACGAGCUAGGAGUGAACAUCCCGUAGAUAGCAAAGACGAAUGGGCCAUAAAUCUUCCAAGUGUGCCCAGUACGCAACAUCUAGACCCGAAAGAUGUCUUCGUCGCAUCUUUCUUCUCCAACCACCGACCCAUCUCCGUUACUUCCUCAGUUCCUCUGUCAGCACCUGAAGAAGUUUUUCAAUCGAUAUUUACGUCACGAAAGUCAUCCUCAAAGUCCAAACCUGGCACUGCAGAGGUCAUCUACACCCUUGCGUCAGUCGUUCAAAACCUCGAUAGCACCAUCGCACAAUCUCAGAGCCAGCCAACAACCCAGAACCAGCAACAAGGUCAACAGGACCGUUCGGACCUCAUCUCAGCUAUAACACAACAUAACAAUCCAAAUUCCUCAAAUGCUUCUGAGCCACAACAUCUGGAUGGUGCAUCCCAGCAAAAUCUACCUCUACGAGUACCCAAUGGAGUUAAACUGGCCAUCCAGCAAAUUGCACGACAGUUCCGACCAUUCAACCCACCGCCACCUCCACAACCCAUCUCGGAUGCUCAGAUAGAAGCAAAGGAAGCUGAAAACGCGGCAGCAGCAGCAGCAGCAGCAGAAGCCGAAGAACAACAAGCGCAGCAGCUAGAGGAACAAAUCGCAAGGCAAGACGCUCCUCAACGACUCCGACAUUCAAUCAUCAAUGUACAUGAGCGAGCACGGCAAAGACAAGCGAACCGAUUCUUCACCCCCCACACCACCGAGAUAGAAAAUCCAGCAUAUCCAUCACUGCUCCAUCGAAUUGAAGAAAGGGGAGAAGGUGACGGGAUACACUACGACCCUAACGCAAGCAUCAUGAACCAAGAAGAACCGCAGAGAAGACCUGGGCGGAUAAGAGAGGGCCCUCAGGCAAAGAGCGCGGGUUUAAGGAGACGAAAGUUAUACGCCAUCAGUGUGAAGAGGCAGAGGAGGUUGAAAAUGAAGAAACAUAAAUAUAAGAAGUUAAUGAGGAGGACCAGGACGUUAAGGAGAAAGCUGGAUAAGUAG